GAAUAUACCAAUAAGACAAGUCAACGUUGACCUGACACUCUCAAACCUUAAUAACCUCCAUCGAGAAAUGAACAAUCAGCCAGUACUUGUAGUACAAUCGUAUCAAUAAUAACGGUUUCAGCGCGGGAAAUGACAUCAGUAGCGGUUGCCGUGAACGGCGGUGACGGUGUCGGAGGAAAAGGAAGCAGAAGAGCCGUUAGAUGGGCAGUUGAUAAUUUAUUACCUAAUGCAAACCGUUUGAUUCUCGUCCACGUCAUUCCCGCCAUAACUUUCUUACCGACCCCAUCUGGAGAUCAUAUACCCAUUGAAGAACUUGAUGAGAGUGUGGUGGCUUUGUAUGUUCAAGAAGUGAAAGUGAAAUUAGAGGAGAUUUUUAUACCCUUUAGAAAGUUGUGCAAUACAAAAAAGAUUGAGACUGUGGUGCUAGAGGAUGAUAAUCCGGCAACUGGGCUUUUAAAUUAUGUAUCAGAGUCAGGGAUUGAUUGUUUAGUGUUGGGUUCUUGGUCUCCUAAUUGUUUAAUCAGGAAGAUGAAGGGACCAGGGACACCGGCAGCAGUGUUAAAUUCUAUUCCAGAGACAUGUGAGGUUUAUGUUGUAUCUAAACACAAAAUCACAACCAAUUCCUCUUCCAUUAGUGUGACCGCCAGUUCAGGCUGCUGGAUGUUUAACAGAGGAAGUUAUAAGAAUUACUCCAGCAUCAAUGAACAAGAUUCUGAGGCUGAGGUUUAUUCUUGCUCUGAAGGAUCUAAAAUUCAAAAAUCCUUUGACGCGUCAUCAAUGUCUGAAUCCAAAGUUCAAAAAUCCAUCGAUGCAUCAUCCGUAUCUGACCGUAGCCUCUUUUCUACUAACGACAACAUGGCUUAUCACGACUGGGGAGAAAGACUUCUUAGUAGUAGUACUAAAAGAUGUGAAUCCACAGCUUCCACUAUAAGUAACCAGUCACAUGUGCAGGCUGAGCUCGAGCAGCUAAGGCUAGAACUGCAAAAUACUGUUAGCAUGUAUAAACGAGCUUGUGAAGAGCUCGUUCAAACUCAAAACCAGGUAGAAUUUCUUUCUUACGAGUGCAUUGAGGAAUCCAGAAGAGUGAAUGCUGCUUUAGAAAGAGAAGAAACUCUGAAAAAGAUUGCUGCUGAAGAGAAAUCAAGAUAUUUGCAGGCCAAGAUGGAGGUCGAAGAGGCAAAAGAUUUGCUUGCUAAAGAGGCUAAUGAGAGGCAGAUGGCUGAGCUUAAGGCUGAUAAAGAGUCGUCGGAGAAACAGAAAAUUCUUGAUGCACUUUUCUUGAAUGAUAAAAGGUAUAAAAAAUACACUAGAAAUGAAAUUGAGUUAGCAACUGAUUGCUUCUCGGAGAAUAAUGUGAUCGGAGAAGGAGGGUACGGGAAAGUGUACAAAUGCAAUAUUGAUCACACUCCGGUAGCUGUUAAGGUUCUAAGGCCCGAUGCAUUCAACAAAAAGGAGGAGUUCUUAAGAGAGGUUGAAGUUCUAAGCCAGCUGCACCAUCCACACUUGGUUUUGCUGCUUGGCGCUUGUCCAGAGAGCGGUUGUCUUGUUUACGAAUACAUGGAGAACGGAAGCCUAGAGGAGUGUAUCUUCCAUCGGAACGGAAGCUUACCUCUUCCUUGGUUCAUUCGUUUCCGGAUAUCUUUUGAAGUGGCUUGCGGGCUGGCUUUCUUACAUAACUCGAAGCCAGAUCCUAUUGUCCAUCGAGAUCUUAAACCGGGUAAUAUAUUGUUAGACAGAAAUUACAGGAGCAAAAUUGGAGAUGUAGGGCUGGCCAAACUUAUGACAGAUAUAGUACCGGACAACAUAACGGAGUAUAACGAUUCUAUAAUUGCUGGUACUCUAUUCUACUUGGAUCCUGAAUACCAAAGAACCGGGACUAUCAGACCAAAGUCGGAUUUAUAUGCUUUUGGAGUUAUAAUUUUACAAUUAUUAACAGCACAGCAGCCAAAUGGACUUAUAACGACUGUUGAGAAUGCCAUUGCGAAUGAUUGCUUUUCUGACAUACUGGACUCGUCCAUUACAGAUUGGCCAGUUGCUGAAUCGGAGGAAUUAGCUCGAAUCGCAUUGAAGUGCUCGAAACUUCGAUGCAGGGACAGACCAGAUCUUGAUAAUGAAGUUCUUCCGGUUCUUAAAAGAUUGUUAGAUGUUGGAGCUGCUAGUAUUAAGGUGGAAAGAAGCAAUACUUGUGCACCAAGCCACUACUUCUGCCCAAUCCUUCAGGAAAUAAUGGAUGACCCGUACAUUGCUGCAGAUGGUUUUACAUAUGAGCAUAGAGCAAUCAAGGCAUGGCUAGACAGACACAAAGUAUCACCAGUCACAAAGCUUCGGCUUAAGCAUUCGGAGUUGACUCCGAACCACACGUUGCGUUCAGCCAUACAAGAGUGGAGGUCUCGUCAGGUGCCUUAAACUUUAAGGUAUCUUAUUUGAGUACUAUAUUAAGCAAACUUGAGAACGAAGAAACUAUGAGAAGACAUUCCAAGUUUUCCUUUUACAUUCAUUGUUGUUAAGAUACCAACAAAAAUGUACAGUAAAGUAAUAAAUUAAGAAUGGUAGGUUGCUUUGAAUGAAGAACUCUUAGAAAAAUUCUGAAAGUUGUCCAUUUGAGUUUAAUGUAAUGUACAAACGCUUAUGUUUGGAUUUUUGUGAAAAGUCUCUGGUUUCACUGGAAAAAAUAUGUCAGUCGAACUUUUCCAUCUUUAAUUUUCUGGUUCCAGGUCUAAUGUGUUUGUAUUUUCACACGACAUUUGAGGAUUAUCAAUUAAUAUUCACGUUCGCCUCGUUAUAUGAAGGAGGUGUUCAUA